AUGGCAAACAAAUCAACUGGAGCUUACGGAAACCCUCAACCGUCUGCAUUUUCUACCGAUACGGUAUUUAAUUCUCGUCAAGAUCUAAUUGAUUGGGUACGCAAUGUGGCAUUUUCACUUGGUUUUGUUAUUGUUAUCAAAAGAAGCAAAAGUGACUCAUGUGGGUAUCCAUCUAAAGUUGUAUUGCAAUGUGAUUGUGGAGGAAAGCAUUUGGGUAAUGAUUGUUGGACGUUAACUGCAAAAUGUGAAGCACAUAACCAUGACUUUGCAUUACAUCUGGAGGGUCAUGCAUAUGCAAGACGACUAUCUGAAACUCAAGCUAGAUUGGUGGAAGAUUUGUCGGCCAACAAUGUGAAACCUAGAAGUAUUUUAUCAACAAUCAAACAGCAGUAUCCAGAUAAUGUGUCUACAAAAAAGACGAUAUACAAUCAAUGCCAGAAACUUCGACUUAAGAAGAAUGCAGGUAGAACUCCAAUGCAAGUUGUGAUGUCAUUUUUACAAGAUGAAGGCUACGUAUAUUAUGAUCGGGAAAAUAACUCGACCAAUGAAUUAGAAGAUUUAUUCUUUGCUCAUCCUAGAUCAUUGGAGAUAUGGCGCGCAUUUCCACACGUGUUGUUGAUGGAUGCCACCUAUAAAACGAACAGGUUUGAGAUGUCUCUCCUUGAAAUUGUUGGUGUAACUUCAACUAAUAAGACAUUUUGUGUAGCAUUUGUCUUUAUGCACAAGGAAAAGAUAUCCAAUUAUACUUGGGCAUUAAAUUGUCUACAAUCGUUAAUGGAAGGAUGUCUUUAUCCACGUGUGAUCGUCACAGAUAGAGAGUUGGCACUGAUGAAAGCAUGUAAUAUUGUUUUUCCCGGUGCUAAAAGAUUACUUUGUAGAUAA